GGGGAGGGCGGGGAAGAGAGUAGUGCGCAGGCUCGAAGAGCCGUGGGCUUCGAUGGACGCCGGGAGAUGAAGUCCUCAAUAGCAUAAAAGACUAGCGAGACGAGCUACAAAUGACUACGAAUCCCAGCAGGAACCGCGCACGUCUCUAGUAUCGCGAGGUUCCAGAGGAAGCCGCCUGGGGGCGCAGGGCAGCGAGAUACCAACGGAAGCGGAAGGCAAGCGCGGAGUUCGGGCCAGGGAACCUGGGAAAUAUAGUCGUGUGAGGGCCGCGUUGCCCGCCCAGGCGGCUGACACCAUUCCGGACCAACGCACUGGUCGCCUGUAAGGCUCGGUACAGGAGCCCCCCGACUGGGCUUGGAGUGGUUUUGCUGCGGGCUCUAAAUAUGUUCUUCGAACCCUGGUCAGAGGAAUGCUGAGGGGCACCGGGACGUUAUUUCAAUUCACAGCUUCUUGGCAUUAUCCAGAUUGGAAUAUCGCGAUUUUGCGGUAUGGAAGCUACAGAGCAACAGGCGCCUUUUCCAGAGAAACGUCUUGUUUUUAUUUGAGAAGAGGGAACUUCCAAAAUAGGAUCGGGGAAAAUCUAAAGGGCAAGGUUGACUUUUCUUAAUGCCAUGUCCAGGCCAUUGCUCAUUACGUUCACCCCAGCUACUAACCCCAGUGACCUCUGGAAGGAUGGGCAGCAACAGCCCCAACCUGAGGAGCCAGAGCCAGUCCUGGAUGGGGCUGCAGCCCGGGCUUUCUAUGAGGCCCUGAUUGCAGAUGAGAGCACUGCCUCCAAACCCCAGCAAGUUCAGCCUGUGCCUGCCCAGAAGAGGAAGAAAAGGAGAGUGAUGAGGGAAACAACAGCAGAAGCAGAAACACCAGAAAGACAUGGACAGGAGAGAUCCCUUGCAGAAGAGGACAAGAUGACCCAGUGGAUACUGAAGGCAGCCCAGGAGGGGAACGUAGCAGAACUUCGAAGGCUUUUGGAGCCCCAUGAGCCAGGGGGAGCCGGAGGGAAUAUCAAUGCUCGGGAUGCUUUCUGGUGGACCCCCUUGAUGUGUGCUGCCCGAGCGGGCCAGGAGGCCGCUGUACGCUAUCUCCUAGGCCGGGGGGCUGCCUGGGUGGGGGUCUGCGAGCUGGGUGGCAGAGAUGCUGCUCAGCUGGCUGAAGAAGCAGGUUUCCCUGAGGUGGCCCGCAUGGUCAGGGAGAGCCACGGAGAGACUAGGCGCCCAGAGAACCGGCCCUUCUCCCCCACGCCCCAGUAUUGUGAGACCUGUGACACCUACUUUAAAGACUCCAACCACAGUACAUCCACUGCUCACCUGCUGUCACUAGCCAGGGGUCCCCUGCCUCCUAACCAUCCCCUUGGGGUGCCCACAUCCAGCCCUGGCUUCAAGCUGCUGCUGAAGGGAGGCUGGGAGCCGGGAAUGGGGCUGGGGCCCCGGGGUGAAGGCUGUGCCAACCCUGUUCCCACUGUCCUCAAGAGGGAUCAGGAAGGACUGGGCUACAGACCAGCACCGAAGCCUCGAGUCACACACUUCCCAGCUCGGGAUCCCCGGGCUGUGUCUGGGAAGGAGAGAGCCCUUCGGGUGGCCACACUGAGCUGGAGGGAGAACAGAAGGCAGGAGGAAAAGGACAGGGCCUGGGAGCGGGAUCUCAGGACAUACAUGAAUCUUGAAUUCUGACUUUGUGAAGUUUGACCCUGGUGUGCUACUGAGCUCUGAACUUGGACUUCUGAUGUGGGCACUUUGAUUUCUACUUCCUGGAAUUACCCAUCUACCAAACCCGAUACUGACAGAUGAGAAAUCAACCUUCUCCUUCUCUGUAGUUCAUUUACUUUUCUGGAAACUGUUGU